UGUCCCCCCCCCCCCCCCCCCCAGAACUGAGAGACAAACUCGUGUUAAAACCCUCCAACUCAAACCCCCGAAAUUCCCUCUCUCUCUCAAGCUCAUCAGACUGUCAGACACUCAACCGAAACUGCAAAGCUCUGUACCUUGUUUCAUCUCACAUUUCCAUAAAAAAUGCAAAACCCUAAAUUAAGAAACUUGAAUAUCAGCUGCGGUGUUCUGGUCCUUUGAAGCUCGCCUGCAACUGCAACUUCCCACAUCCUCCUCCUGUUGCUUAGUGAAGCUCUCUCUCUCCGGUCAGUUACUUCGCUUUCUCUCUCUUCCACUACCCCUGUAGGCUGUAGAUGUAGACUGCCAGUGGGUUUUAAUUUUCAUAUAAUUAGUUGAAGAAGAUAUCCAAAUUACUGGAGAAAUUAGAGACUAGAUAAAUUGUAUUCAGCGAUGGACUCUGAGCCUCUCAACAUUGACUCUGACAUCCAAGUGGUGGAAUUUGGCGAAGAAGAUGACGCCGCCACCGCCACCGCCCUCCACUUACAACACACUGAUCAUAGCUAUGAUAUUUUCGAUGAUCACUUGGUUCAACACUCUAAUUCUCCUAGGUCUCGUGAUGAUUUCCCUAAUGCGGAUGGGGACCCCAGUCUUGAACCCUACGAGGGCAUGGAAUUCGACUCUGAACAGGCCUCCCGCAUUUUCUAUAAUUCUUAUGCCCGUCGAGUUGGUUUCAGCACCCGCGUCAGCGUCUACCAGCGCUCCCGUCGCGAUGGCUCCAUCAUAUGCCGCCAAAUUGUCUGCUCCCGUGAAGGCUUUCGCCGCGACGGUGGUGAAAAUAGGUCCAAGCGCCAGCGUACGGUUACUAGAGUUGGUUGUAAAGCACAGAUGACCGUCAAGAAACAGACUUCAGGACGAUGGGCUGUUUCAAAGCUGGUAAAGGAACAUAACCAUGAGCUUGUGCCUCCGGAUAGGGUGCAUUGUCUCCGUUCGCAUAGGCAUGUCUCUGGUCCUGCUCGAAGCCUGAUUGAUACCCUUCAAGCGGCUGGCAUGGGUCCUAGUGGAGUGAUGUCUGUGCUCAUCAAGGAGUCAGGUGGAAUUAAUAACGUUGGUUUCACAAAAGUUGAUUGCCAGAACUAUAUGAGUAGCAGCAGGCAGAGAACUCUUGGGAGUGGGGGUCAGGUUGUUUUUGACUAUUUGAAGCGAAUGCAGGUCGAGGAUCCUGAUUUCUUUUGUGCCGUCCAGGGUGAUUUUGAGAACUCGACAGGAAACAUUUUCUGGGCUGAUGCAAAUUCGAGAAUGAAUUAUGACUACUUUGGAGACACUGUAACAUUUGACACAACUUAUAGGACAAACCGAUACCGUGUCCCAUUUGCCCCUUUUACUGGAUGGAAUCAUCACGGACAGCCUGUUUUAUUUGGAUGCGCAUUACUCCUUAAUGAGUCAGAGUCCUCAUUUGUUUGGCUCUUCCAGACUUGGCUAGCUGCAAUGUCGAGCCGCCAUCCCGUCUCACUCACAACAGACCAGGAUAGAAUCAUUCGGGCUGCUGUUGUGCAUGUAUUCCCCGGAACUCGCCACCGGUUUUGUAAAUGGAACGUAUUCAGAGAAGCUCAGGAGAAAUUGUCCGACAUAUACCACUCACACCCCACCUUUGAAGCUGAAUUGCUGAAGUGCAUCAAUGUGACUGAGACAAUUGAGGAAUUUGAGUCAUGUUGGGAGUCCCUUGUUCAAAGAUAUGAUCUUGGGGAUAAUGAGUGGCUUCAGUCAAUAUACGAUGCUCGGCAACAAUGGGUGCCAGUUUUUCUCCAGGAUACAUUUUUUGGUGAGAUGUCAGCAACCCAAGGAAGUGAUAAUAUAAACUCAUAUUUUGAUGGCUAUAUAAACGCAUCAACUAACAUUCAGGUGCUGAUAAAGCAGUAUGAAAAAGCAAUUGCCACUCGCCAUGAAAAGGAAGUAAAGGCUGAUUAUGAUACAAUGAACAGCUCUCCGAUUCUGAGGACGCCAUCUCCAAUGGAAAAACAAGCUGCCAAACUUUAUACAAGGAUAAUAUUCAUGAAAUUCCAAGAGGAAUUAGUCGAGACACUUGCUUAUCCUGCAACUGUGGUUGAUGAUACAGGAUCAGAAACCAUGUAUGGGGUGGCAAAAUUUGGGGAAGACCACAAGGUGCACUCUGUUAAGUUCAAUGUUUUUGAGAAGAAAGCCCGUUGCAGCUGCCAAUUGUUUGAGUUUUCAGGCAUUAUAUGUAGGCACAUAUUAGCAGUCUUCCGAGUAACCAAUGUUCUUACGCUUCCAUCACACUAUAUAUUAAAACGUUGGACAAAAAAUGCCAAAAGUGGAGUUGUAUGGGAUGAGAACACUCUUGGAUUGCCAAAUGAUUCUCAAGAUUCCAGUGCUGCUCGGUAUGACAAUCUACGCAGGGAAGCAAUCAAAUAUGUAGAAGAAGGGGCUGAAUCUGUGCAUGUUUAUAAUGUGGCAAUGGAUGCUCUUCGCGAAGCUGCAAAUGAGGUUGCCGCAGCAAAGAAUCAUGGUCUUGCAAUUGCACAAAAUACCCCAGUAAAUUGCAGUCAGAAACUUCAGUCUUGUACCAUGGAUCAGGACAAGAAACUUGAAGAGUUGGCAGCUGCGUUGGAAAUUUCAAGUCAGCAAUGUGAAGCAUUCAGAGAAAAGCUACUCGCUGUUUUGAAAGAUAUGGAAGAACAGAAGUUAAAGAUAUCAGUAAAUGUUCAGAAUGUAAGGCUAAACCUAAAAGUUUAGAAACCUUUACAUUCAUGUAUACAAGAAAAACAGGUGGAAAAGGGAGUUGGCAUUCUUCACCGUUGCACGCAUCAUGUUUAGUUGCUGGUUAGUGGUAGAUUGGUACGUAGUAGUUGUAACGUUACAUAUGUAGAGUUGUAACUGUAUGUAGUGUUUAUGUAGUGGAUGUAGAAACAAAUAACUGUUGAUGUUUUUCCUCUUGUAUUGUAUUGUGUAUAUAAAGGUUUUGGUAGAAA